GCAAGCAACAGGGCAGGACUGACACCUUUUGGAAUAGCACAAGAAAUCUCAACUGCAGAGUGUUUUCUGUUUUUUUUUUUUUCCGAUGACAAGCAGUGGAGCAGACAGAGAGGGGAUGAGGGUGACUGAACAUCACAUUGAAUGUUGACAGGAAAAGGGGCAUUCUAAGAGGAUAAGAUUUUAACAAGAAAAUUAUCUGGUUGGUCCCUCACAAGCCUGGGUACACCAACCUAACCAGCAAUGGCAGGGAACAAAGUAUGCUGCAAGCCAGACCUUUACACUGUCGGUGUGUGUCUUGUGAUUGCUUUGCUGUGCAUAGCUGGGAUCUCUUUCAUAAUCAUUGGGACAUUCUACUUGGGUGAGUGUGUGCUGGAGAAACACAUCCCUAUCUAUGUGCUGGUACAAGGAGUCCUUUUCCUCUUAAUUGGAUGCACUCUUGUGAUGCUUCUAUCAAGUGACAAGUUAAUCUUGUUUUUCUUGUUGUUCUCCACACUAUGCAUCUUCUGGUUCUGUUGGCUGAUAACGGGAAGUAUUUGGGUUUUCCGUCACUACCUCUCGUACCAUGGAGAGUGCAAUGCGGUUUUGUACCUCUUUGCAUUUUGGACCCUUAUUGUACAGUACAUUGGACUAGGUAUUGCAUUUUUGGCUUCGGUCAUUUACUGCUGCCUUUUUUGUAUCAUGUUGUGGGCUUGUUUGGCGGUUAAUGGCUAAAAAUGAAAAAUGGAAGACAGUAAAACUUGCCACAUUUUGGGACUACAUUCUGGAACAGAAUUAAGGACAGCUCAACAAAAGAAGAUAUGAGAUUAAUUCUGAAUACAAACAAAAACAUAAAAUGGCAUUAGAUGAUUUGGAAGGGCUGAAAUCACAAUGCGUCAUUCUGGUAAAUCUACUGCGCAUGGUUUCAUAUGGCCCCACAAAAAUAUAAUAUAUUUAGCAUGCAUCAAAAAUGAUGGAAAAAAACAGCAAUACUGUCAGAGACCAGAAGAAGCUCUGUGACGGAUGCUGCUGCUGCUGCUGACUGGGAGCACUUGACACUCAUCUUUAUGGAACUGUGAAGAACCAACUUAGUACAGGCCUAAAGACUAUGAGAGGUAUUUACAGCCUCAGUAUCUCAACACUGUGCAUGAAUGCUACUAAUUUUAUUUGCACUUUAAUGGCUUCUCAUGAAAAAAAGACAAUUGUUUGCUUGUUGCAUUUCAGUUCAUACGUUUUUCAUUCCCUAAAUAAAUCCAAAAUAAUAUUUUUUUUUCAAAACCCACUUUAUUUUUUUAUUUUUUUUUAAACUGUAAGCCUUGAAAACAAACCAGAAAAUUAGGUUCAAAUACAUUCAUGGCUAGAAUGGUACAAAAACCCUCAAAAGGAUUGAUAAUCCUUCAUAUAACCUUAAAAGGAAUUUGUCCAAAAAAGCUUAAUUACAGCAUAAAUCUCAGAUUCCCUGUAAAAUUCCCUGUUUCUGGGUUCUCAAUCCUUUUGGCAGCUACAAUAUUUUUGAGGCAACCACAGUAAAACAAGCAUGUUUAUCAGAAAUUGAGAUUUUUCCAUGGCAGUAGCCCACUCCAUGAAGCUAGCCUAGGGGGAAAAAUUAGAUUUAAAGGUUAAAGAAAUGACUAAAAUGACUGCUGACAAUUUCCCUUUAAGGUUAUGUUUACACAUUUUUUGGUCACUAUUGUAGCCAUUACAAAAAAUCGUCCGUUUUUGUAAAAAGCUAUUUUUGUACAAAUUGGUUAGAAAAUCGGCUGAAUAUAACAUUUUAUACAGCCAUUUUUCAUUUCCAAUGUUUUACUGAAAAUUGGCCAUAAAUCUAAAGGCCAAAAAAUAAUCAAAAUACAUUUUACAGCACCUGUAAUAACGGAUGAUUUUUUUUUUACUCGUGUGAACUGAAGGCCUAUUUUCCAUUGACAACAAGGGAACACAGUCAUUUAAAAAACUGCCGAUUAGAACAUAUUUUUUAACCAUAAACUGUGUUUUACAGGUGUUAAAAUAUAUAUAUUUUUUUUAAUUAAAUAGCAAAUUGCACUGUGUGUAAAUAUGGCCUAAAGGGGUUAUCCCAUGAAAUAGAAAUAAAAUAAAGCUUUGGAAUGAUACAUACCACUAUUCAUAAAAAUAACAGCUUAAGUGUCGUUUUUACUCUUUUUAGCCUCUUUUCUCAACUCUCUGCAACUGUGGUGAUUUCACUUUCUGUUCGCAGGUAGCAGUGUGAUUAUGUGACCAAGAAGCAGCUCUAUUUCCAGGAGUGCACUGCUGUCUGGCGCUUAGUAACUCAGUUCUCCUGUCUCCUUCUACUGACCUACACAGAGAGUAGUCCCUCACACACAGCUCCAAAGUUCUAACUAAUACAUAGUGCUAUGGGAUCUCAUUUCCAUGAACUGGCUUUUCUUCUGUACCCAAUUAUCCUGCUUAUUUGUUAUAUGUGCUUCAUAUACUGUCAAUAUGCACUUCUAAAAAAAAAAAUAAAAAAAAUAAAAAAAAAAAUAGAGAGGCACUACAAAAGGAUUUAAUUCAUUCUACACUGCUCGAAAAAAUUACGGGAACACUAAGAUAACACAGCCUAGAUCUGAAUGAAUGAACUAAUCGUAUUAAAUACAUACGUUUUGAAUGUGCUGACAACAAAAUCACACAAAAAUGAUCAAUGGAAAUCAAAUUUAUCAACCCAUGGAGGUCUGGAUAUGAAAUCAAACUCAAAAUAAAUCAAAAUAGAAAACCACACUACAGGCUGAUCCAACUUUGAUGUAAUGUCCUUAAACAAGUCAAAAUGAGGCUCAUUAGUGCCCGUAUGACCUCCCUACAAUGCCUGGGCAUGCUCCUGAUGAGGUGGUGGAUGGUCUCCUGAGGGAUGUCCUCCCAGACCUGGACUAAAGCAUCCACCAACUCCUGGACAGUCCAUGGUGCAACAUGGCGUUGGUGCAAGACAUGAUGUCCCAGAUGUGUUCAAUCGGAUUCAGGUCUGGGGGAACGGGUGGGCCAGUCCAUAGCAUCAAUGCCUUCCUCUUGCAGGAGCUGCUGACACACUCCAGCCACAUGAUGUCUAGCAUUGUCUUCCAUUAGGAGGAACCCAGGGCCACCCGCACCAGCAUAUGGUCUCACAAGGGGUCUGAGGAUCUCAUCUCGGUACCUAUUGGCAGUCAGGCUACCUCUGGCAAGCACAUGGAGGGCUGUGCGGUCCCCCCAAAAGAAAUGCCACCCCACACCAUUAUCGACCCAUUGCCAAACCGGUCAUGCUGGAGGAUGUUGCAGGCAGAAGAACGUUCUCCACGGCAUCUCCAGACUCAUCUGUCAAAUGUGCUCAGUGUGAACCUGCUUUCAUCUGUGAAGAGCACAGGGCGCCAGUGGCGAAUUUGCCAAUCUUAGUGUUCUUUGGCAAAUGCCAAACGUCCUGCACAGUGUUGGGCUGUAAGCACAACCCCCACCUGUGGACGUCAGGCCCUCAUAUCACCCUCAUGGAGUCUAUUUCUGACCGUUUGAGUGGACACAUGCACAUUUGUGGCCUGCUGGAGGUCAUUUUGCAGGGCUCUGGCAGUGCUCCUCCUUGCACAAGGGCGGAGGUAGCAGUCCUACUGCUGGGCCAUUGCCCUCCUCCUGCUCUCUUGAUGUACUGUCCUGUCUCCUGGUAGCGCCUCCAUGCUCUGGACACUACGCUGACAGACACAGCAAACCUUCUUGCCACAGCUCGCAUUGAUGUGCCAUCCUGGAUGAGCUGCACUACCUGAGCCACUUGUGUGGGUUGUACACUCCAUCUCAUGCUACCACUAGGCAUAGGAACUGAGAAGUGGUCUGUGGUCACCACCUGCAGAACCACUCCUUUAUUGGGGGUGUCUUGCUAAUUGCCUAUAAUUUCCACCUGUUGUCUGUUCCAUUUGCACAACAGCAUGUGAAAUUGAUUGUCAAUCAGUGUUGCUUCCUGAGUGGACAGUGUGAUUUCACAGAAGUCUGAUUGACUUGGAGUUACAUUGUUGUUUAAGUGUUCCCUUUAUUUUUUUGAGCAGUGUAUAUAGGUCUAUGAAUUUCUGUCUAGUACUAUUUUCUCUCUGUUUUACAUAUAGUCUUAUAAAAGUGCAUACAGGAAGUAUAUGAUACAUCUAUGUGCCUAGUGCAAAGGCCAGCAAGUGAACUUGUGUUUCCACUGCUGGAGGCUGCAGAAGGCAGGCACAUAAAUCAGCAGAACAAGGUAAAGCAAGGCAAAACCACUGACGAAAAUGUAAGAUGUCUCAUAAGAGAAACAGAUUUUUUUUUUAAAGGGAAUCUUUCAACUGAAGAUCAAGCUCACAGCUGAGGUGUCAAAGCGGCUGAGCCUUCUUCCUUGCCUUGAUUGACAUACAGGGCUCCCCUUCCAGCACUGAGCAUCAAUUGGCCAAGGCAGAGAGAAGGCUUGGCACAGCCUCUUUGGCCCUUCAGCUCAGUGUGAAUUACAGAUAACAGUUUAAUCAAUUGCUAUGGAUGAAAUACUUACACACAAUAUAAUUUUCAUGGGAUAACUCCUUGAAUAUGAAAUUCUUUUUCUAAUGCUGUGUUCACAAAGUUGCAUUGCCGUUUCAUUGCAGAACUGCAUAAUCACAGUAAAAAUGCUGCAGUACCAUGGAUAUGUUGUAAUGAUACUAUGUAAUGAUACGUAAUGAUACUGUGAUGAAUGCUGUGAGAUUACAUAUUGCACACAGAAAGUCUGCAUGUACUUCAUCAUUUCUAAUGCCAGCAAUCGUAUCUUAAAGCAGCUGAAUUCAAACUUUUCCUAAUUGUUUAAAGUUGAAAUGUGCUUGUACACAUUGGGGAAAAUUGGUUUGCAGUGUUUCUGAUGUUUGGGCUAUCUGUACAAUUUACCUAGUGUAUUUUUAGAUCAUGCACCUUACUUAUUAAAGGGGUACUCUGGCACUAAGACAUCUUAUCCCCUAUCCAAAGGAUAAAUUGCCUGACCGCGGGGGUCCCGCCACUGGGGACCCCCGUGAUCUUCCACGCCGCACCCCGUUAGCAUCAGCCCCCGGAGCGUGCUGUCACGGACGGAGCAUAGUGAUGUCAAGGUCCGUCCCCUCAAUGCAAGCCUAUGGAGGGGCGUGAGACACCCCCCCCCCCAUAGGCUUGCAUUGAGGGGGCGGAGCUAUGGCAUCACACGGGAUGGAGCCUUUGGAUAGGGGAUAAGAUGUCUUAGCGCCGGAGUACCCCUUUAAGAUGUCCCAUGCACUUUGAUAAAUUGAUCAAUAACAAAAAUCUGACGUGAUUUCUAAAGGCUGACAGGCUUGUUAUGUAAGGCUGGGUUCACAUGUCUGGCAUCCAGCAUAGGUGAACUCAGCCAAUAGCUCUACACAACUAAUGCCACAACUGAUGACAAGUUGUCAUCAGUUGUAUGGCAUCGGGCGUCCAUUGUUUCUGGACGGCAGACAGGGGAAAUCAGCAAGCUGCGUUCCCCUGUCUGGUACCCUCCGGUGUAUCCAACCAUCUGGCGCCAAAAUUGAGACACUGGAUGACUGUGAACUAUCCCAUUGAAAUUAAUGGGAUCAGUUCUAGCAUCAGUUUCCCUCCGAAGCACGCCGGAGGGAAACUGUGCCAGACAACUGAUAUAUGUGAACACAGCCAAAGUCCAUUUUGGACUGAAAUCUAUUUGCUAAAAAUUUUGUACUUAAAUCAAAUAUUCACAAUUCAUAAAUUUGUCUUUGGCUGCUAUGUCUGACAAAAGAUGUCUUAUCCUUCAGGUGCAUUUAAAAAGUAGAGUAAUUAGUGUUGUGUUUCAAAAAGUCUCAGAAUUGUGCCAAAAUGACGCUCAAAAAAGGACCCAGAUAAAUUUCCCCAAUUGUUAUCGUGGUCAUGGCUAGCACUUGCAAUUACCGCUGGUGCAAUGCAUCAAUAAGCCAUAAUCAUGAGCACUAGCUGCGCCCAUGCAUGCAAAGUGUACAAGCACCUGGAAGGUUAAUUCCUACAUAUAUGUUGACAAUAUGUAACAAGACUAAAAUAAUAUGUAAAUGAGCCAUAACAUUUACCUCAUCUUUAAUUUCAAGCCUUAUGUUGUUUUUCUCCGUAGUAGGAAUUAGUCUACAUGCUUAGGUUGAUGUGUUAUGCCAGGCAAUGGAAAGGGGAAAUGGGAAUUAAUUUAAAUAGUGUCAUCCAUCUACAACAGACAGGCUUGUACACACACAAACAAUUGUUUACUAGAUACUAGGGCUGCACAAACUUGUAGUUCGUAUUUAAUUCUAGCAAAGCGGAUCACUGAUUGGCUCCUGUGCAUUCAAUCCAGGUGCUCCUUACUCCCCAGCCAAAGUCCAACAAUAGUAUGUAAUAAUGAAAGCACAGCAAAUGGGGAUUGCA